AUGUCGGAUUUAGACAGUGAAUAUCCGAGAGCGGAAAGUGGAAGACCGUUUCUACCAGAAGAAGAAAAAGAAUUUGUAAAACUCUUCAAUAAACAAAAAUUCAGACCUAGAACAGCUAUUUUAACAGUGUGGUUUGACUAUCCCAAAAACAUGUUCUUCCAACCGAUACCAGCUAAAGAUAAAAUCACUUUCACGAAUAAAGAAGGUAAAAAGGAAACUGGUAACAAAAUCAGGCUCAGAAAUGGUUUCUGUCACGACGUUUUAACAUCGGUCGAUAUUCAAGAAAUAGUGAAAGCCGGUGGACGAAUUAUUAGAAUAUUAGAUAGUAUAGUUUACGAAGAAAAUUUUAAAACUCCACCCUAUAGAGAUUAUAUUUUAAUUUUGAGAGAUUUAAGAAAUAAAUAUAAACGAGAAGGUAAUAUCGUGGGUAGUAAUUGCAUGAAAUUAUUAGGUAAUUCCUUGUAUGGUAAAUCAAUUCAGAAAGAUAUAUUCACAACUAGACAUUUAUGGAAUGAAGCAACUUUACAGGCCAACUUUGAUUCACGCGUUAAAACCUAUGAGAAAAUUAAUGAUACUCAAUAUAUUGUUGAAACGGAAAUUGAAGAAAAAUAG